CUUUCUUUGUUCUUUCUUGGGUUAUUGGCAUUUUCUGAACAAAACCCUAAUCAAGAAACGCUGCACAGUGAAACCCCAUGUCGGAGAACGAUCCUCUGCCGGACGAUCUCCGGUGCAACCGGACAGACGGACGACAAUGGCGGUGCAAGCGGCGGGUCUUGGACGGGAAGAAGCUCUGCGACCUUCACUACAUGCAGGGCCGCCACCGGCAGAAGAAGCAGAAGGUCCCGGAUUCGCUGAAAUUCGAACGGGCGAGGAACAUGAAGAGCAAGAAUCGCGGCGAGGUUGGGGUUUCCAAGAGGAAAUUGAAGAGGAAGCGCUGCGUUUCGGAGGCUUUGGAUGAGGCAUUGAAGAGGAUGGAGCUCAAGAGAGGGGAUUUGCCUCUGGAGCUGAUUCGGGUUUUCUUGAAAAGACAGGUGGAGAAGAAGAGACAGAGGGAGCUUAAGAACUCGGUCGAGUUGACCCACGAAUUGCCCAAUGCUGUAAUGGCUAUCCCCAAUUUGCCUUCUCAGAGCCUCAACACUUCCGCCGGCUCUGGUUUGGAGGUCAAGCUGGGAUCCGAAAUGAGCCCGUUUUCUGCCAGGAAUUUCCGGUCAAAAAAUAUCGAACCACUUCCCAUUUGUACAAUGCAGGCUCUGCCAUUGUCAAGGAAUGCGAGGAAAGUGAAGAGGAAAAGAUGCCAUUGGUGUAGAAGAGCUGCCUACAGGACUUCUGUCAAGUGCUCAAGUUGCAAAAAACAAUUCUUUUGCAUCGAUUGUAUUAAAGAACGGCACCUUGAGAGGCUGGAAAUUAAGGAGACAUGUCCCGUCUGUCGUGGCUGCUGCAAUUGUAGAAUCUGCACAAAGUCAAAGCCCAAUGAUAUCAACCACUUCAAGGAAUUUGAUAAGAAAAAGAUUAGAAAAAGACAACUGCUUUAUUAUCUGGUUCAUUCCCUUCUCCCCGUGCUGGAAAAUAUUAACCGAGAUCAGAGUGUUGAGGUGGAGGUAGAAGCUAACAUAUCAGGAAAACCACACUCAGAAGUCCAAAUACAGCAAGCUGUUAUGGACUGUGAGAAGUUAUUUUGCUGUAAUUGUAAGACUUCCAUUCUGGAUUACCAUAGAAGCUGCUCAAACUGUUCUUUUCUGCUUUGCAUCCAUUGCUGCUCCGACCUUCGCGAGAGAUAUAAAUCAACUGGUGAUGGUGAUGCUGACAUGUCUUGCCCAUCCACAGAAUCUGGUGGUUGCAGUGGUGUUCUUCAACUAAGAUCUAUGUAUUCUUGUAAUUGGAUCAAAGAGAUGGAAACUAGUGCUCGGGCAGCAUUAUGCAGCAGCUCCAAGUUUGAUGAAACUACAGGAGAUGUAAAUGACGGCACAGUAAAUAGUUUUCUUAUGGAGAUGGCUCAAAGACAAGAUGCAGAUGACAACUUUCUGUACUGUCCCAGUGUGAAGGAUCUUCAGAAGGAAAGUUUUGAAGACUUUCAAAAAUAUUGGGGGAAGGGACAUCCUGUUAUAGUAAGAAACGUGCUCAGAAGCUCUUCAGAACUUUCGUGGGAUCCUGUUUUUAUGUUCUGCACUUACCUUGAGAAGAGGCCGCCUAAAUGUCCAAAGGAGAAAGAGCCUAAAAGAGCACCAAAUUCCUUGGACUGGUGUGAGGUAGAAAUUGCCAGAAAGAAUACCUUUUUUGGUUCUUUGCAAUGGCAAACACAAGCAACUAUUAGGCAACAGAUGGUUAAGCUAAGAGUGUGGCUUUCCUCACAUUUAUUCGGAGAACAGUUUCCAGCACAUUAUUUGGAAAUCAUGCGAGCUUUACCAUUUCAGGAGUAUAUGAACCCCAAAUCUGGUGUCCUUAAUUUAGCCAUGAAAUCACCAGCGGAUACACCGGCACCUGACCUUGGUCCUUCUAUCUAUAUCUCAUAUGGUUGGCCUGAAGAGCUCGUGGGAACUGAAUUCACCACUAACCUUUGCUAUGAGACAUACGAUGUGGUUAACAUUUUAGCAUAUGCUGCAAACGCACCCAUUUCUGCAGAACAGAUUCGCAAAGUAAAAACUUUGAUGAAAAGGGUUGGCACUAGAGAUCAGGUGGAAACCACAAGCAAUUCUAUUGAUCACAGAGGAAAAUCAUCCCUGCAUAGUGAAGAUACUGAAGAAUCGGGAUUGCAGGAUGUGAAUGCAGAAAAUGUGCAAUUGCCAGACGGCAUUGCCAAAGUGCCCUUUUAUUCUGCUGAUUCCCAUACUGAAGGCCAAACUUUUCUUGAGGACAGUAAUAUGCUCACUGAUAGUGAUUGUGAUGCUGGAUCUGAUUCAGACAUCUCAAUACUCUGCUCCGAAUCAAUUGACAGAUUGACAGAUUCAGAAAAUGAUGAUUCUUUUCGUGAUGAUAGCACAGAAAAAGAAACUGCAGUUUGUGGGGCCCAGUGGGACAUUUUCCGCCGACAAGAUGUACCAAAACUUGUGGAAUAUCUCAGGAAGCACUCCAAGGAGUUCACCUCUUCUUGCUGCUACUCUAAACAAGUUGUGCAUCCAGUUCUUGAUCAGUAUUUCUUUCUAGAUGCAUAUCAUAAACUGAAGCUUAAAGAGGAAUUCGAUGUACAGCCAUGGACAUUCGAGCAACAUCCCGGCGAAGCUGUUAUCAUCCCAGCUGGAUGUCCAUAUCAAAUUAGACAACUUAAGUCAUGUGUCAACAUUGUUCUGAACUUUCUAUCUCCUGAAAAUGCGGCUGAGUGCAUCCAUUUGAGCAAUGAAAUCCGACUCCUUCCCGGACAACACAAAGCCAAAAGGAAAUUGAUGGAGGUCAAGAAAAUGGCUCUAUGUAGUGUCCAAGAUGCAGUUGGGGAAAUUCAAGAUAUUGUCACAAAAGCACUUUCUUGAACCAUUCUCAUGACUCAAAGCUAUUCAACCUUUUCAGAACUGGGCUCAGCCGUACCACAAAGAAAGAGCUCUCUUCUCUCCUUUAGCUGCAUUUUUGUUAGCUCCAUUUACAUUGAUCAGAGUUGGCUUCAUCGUCACCGCCUUCAUCUUCUUCGUCUCAGUGACUGACAUUCUUGGUCAAUAAAUAAGCAAAGGCAAGGAUUUUCCUUCACAACAAUAAUUGUGUGUGUGUGAUAUGUUCAUUCAAUUUUAUUCAUAUGUAAAUUGUAGGGUGUAAAUAUUAGUUUUUUUCUUCUUUAGGGAGUGCAAUUUUUAAUUCUUUUAAUUCUUCAUUGGUUUGUUUAGUGGUCUUUAUAAAAUCUAUAAAUAUUG